CGCAUGCGCACGUCUGCCUCCCUGCUUUAUUAAUUUUUAAUGGAAAUGGCUGCCUUUCUCAGCUAAACCCUUUCUGCAACAGGAAAAUAUAUACAAAUACUAAAAAAUAAAUACUCGAAAAGAAAGGGGACAAAAAGCGCUUUUCUUUCACACUUCGCCAGAAGGACAGAAGAAAAUACAAAUGCUUACCGAUUGCUAACUGGUACGAGGAGAGAAAAAUGAAUUUGCUUUAAACGCGAAGAAUGGACGAUCUCUAUUUUUUUAAUGUUUAACCCUUUGCCUUCCAUGAUCUACAAACAAUUAAGAGGAUGAUGCGCCAGGUUGCCACCAACAAUAACGAUUAUUGCAUGACUAACAGAGCGUCCUGUCUUGCGGAAGACGGCAGGCACCCUAGCAGUCAGUUUGACCUGUGUACCUCGCAACCAAGCAAGUUCUACCCUGCUCCACCUCUUCCCCCUCCACUGCCGCCUCACAACGCCCACAAAGCCAUGCCCUGCCAAAGGCAGGAAGCACGAAGUGAAACUAAUUCCCAAACUGUCUUGGGGGGCAAAAACUCUGAGAAACCAGAGGACUCGAAAAAAAAGAAGAGCCUUGGCAGGUCGGGCAGGAGAGGCAGACCCUCAGGGACUACGAAAUCAGCUGGCUACAGAACAAGUACGGGCCGGCCACUUGGCACCACUAAAGCAGCUGGGUUUAAAACAAGUCCUGGAAGGCCUCUGGGUACCACUAAGGCAGCAGGAUACAAGGUUAGCCCGGGACGACCACCUGGCAGCAUCAAAACACUGUCUCGACUUUCCAAACUGGGGUAUGCAGCUUGCAGCAGCGCAGCGUUCCCAUAUUCAGUGAUGCACAAGAGGGCAUUAUGUGAGCCAGCUGUCAAAGAGAAGGAAACACACGAAACCAAAGAAUCUGACAUAACUGAACAGCCCCCAGCCUUGGUAUCGUCCUAUGGAACAUACAUCAAUUUACUCAACGAGGUAAACUGUGCACCAAGUUACUCUUUAUAAAAAAUGACAGCAAAUCUGAAUUUUCAACCUCUUGUUUACGUGGCAAAGGAAAACAAAUGAAGAAAGUGUUCAGACAACAGUGGAGUAUUUAGUGUACCAGUACCUGCUGCCCAGCUUCCUCGGAGGAUCAACUACCCUUUCUCUGUUGUUGAGCAAGAUUGAAUAUUAAACAGUGUAAUAUUUCAUGUGGGAUUUACACAUCACCUGUUAUCUUAAGCUUUCUUCUCUCAAAAACUUAAUUCAUUAUUGGAAAUACAAAAAAAAAAAAAAAAAAAUACAUGUUUAUUAGUGUAUACUACUUAAUCACUGCUUUGUUUCAGCUGUAUAUUACAAAUUUCUAUUACUGCCUUUUAGGUUAUGCUCACAUAGCAUUUCUCAAUUUGAUACAAUGUUUAUAUAACUUAUAUAUAAAUAUAUAUAUAAAGUAUAAAUGACCUUUUUACUUACUUCUAGCACCUGCCUUUACAUCAUGAAAAUUAGAAGUCUUACUAGCUACACAUUGUGUUAAAGACAUGCACAGUCUCCUAAAAUGCUCAUUUCUGGCAUAUUAUUUACCUGGGAUCUUGAAUAAGUCGUGCAUCUAGAUAAGCCUUUUCUUUUAGUAUUACGCCCUUGAUGAUGUUAUGUAAUGCCAUAUGUGUUUAGUCUAUAUCAUUGAAAGAUCACUUGCUUAUCAGAAAUGUAAAUAUGUAUGCUUAUUAGAAACACUGUAUGUUAGAAACUUGAGGAGUGUUUGACUGUUUUGUGAAUUCAGCUUCUGAUGUUGAUCCAAAUGAAUCAGAAAGGUCUAUGACGAGGAAAUGAUGAUGAAAGUAAUACACUCAAAUGGAACUUUCUGACUGAGUUAGUAUUUUUUUAUCAAGAAAGGCUUUCAAAAUGGGACAUUCCUGCUGGGCUGGUUUUCCUGCUGUGGUGUUCAUGCAGCCUUUUGUAUGUAUGAUGGUUCACUUUAUACUUACCUUCAUGUAGAGACGUGUAGCAGAUGGAAAACUGUAAGUCUGAUUUUUUUCUUUUCUUGACCAUUUCCACGUCAUUUUAACACCUUGUGUUACCCUCAUUUAUAAAACACUUUUUUAGAACACAUUAAGCCAAUUAUGUCCUGCAUAGACUGGACUUCUAAACAAUUUUAAAGAAUUAUGUCUUGAUAAAACAAGUAAUGCUGUGUUAUCAAUCCCACUUGUUUAGUUCAUAUUGAGCUUUUCUGUUAAUUUCUAUUAUUUUACUUAGUGCAGAUUUUGUUUCUGCAUGAUGGUUCAGUUUCCCCAAAGAAAUACAUGUAUGACUGCCUGGCAUUCUUUUAAAAAAAAAAGAAGUUAAAAAAUAUAUAUAUUGUGUAGUUGAAUGACAAGUUUUCACCUCAAUCCAGCAGACACCAUAUGUUGGCUUUAGUUUGGAUGUAAUUGGUUUGGCUGAGGAGAGGUCGGCCCAGGCAGAGCUACAAAUAAUUGAUUGUACUUAUACAACAUACAUUGGUGGGAAUAUUUUUGCAUGAUUGUCAAAUGUGGAGAAAACUCAUGUAAUAAAGUUUCAAUUUACAGUUUA